AUGGGGGAGGAAGAAAGGGCAGGAGACAGGAAGAAGGGGAAGGGGUGCAGGAGGAGGUGGCAGAGGGAAGAAGUGAAGGACGGAGGGCAUUGGGUUGUUUCACUUUUCUUCGUUUCUGGAUUCCAAGGCCUUUCCGAGCAGCACACAAAAGCAAUUUCUGAUGCCCCUGGGAGAGAGCUGAGAGGAGCUAAAACUGCCCUGAGAAGCUCCCCCAGGACCAAGGCCGACCGUCAGAGCAGAAUCUGGGCCAAUCUCGGCGGUUGUGUUUUUUCUUCAACCCACUUACCUCAGGAGAGCAGGAUUUUUGCUCGGGCACACCCAGCACAGCCGGCAUCCGGGCGGAGGGGGGGAGGGCCCUGCCCCCACGAGGCUGGGUGCACAGCACCCCCACCUCCCCGGGGGCUCCUGCUACCUGCCAAGGCACCUGGGCCUCACAAGGGCCCCGGGAAGCAGCGGUCCACAUCCUCAUGGAAGGGGAGGUCCCGCGAGGGGCGAGCAUCCGCCUCCCAGCUCAGUGAUGGCCGGCGUGGCCUCCAGCUUUGGGCAGACGCACACACCCGAGCCGAUGCGCACCAACCUUGGAGAUGGGUCAAGGCCCUGGGAACCAACUACGCUCCGGUCCCUGGAGGCCUCCUCACCCACUUUCCCCCGGGCAGGCUGGCGGGGCUGCAGGACUGGGCCCGUCUCUGCUGUGUGGGGCAGGCCGAGGGGUCUGCUUUCAACUCCUUUCACGCUUCCUUCCUUAAAGACAGAGGUAGUUCCUGGGGCACCCGGGUGGUUCAGUCGUCGGGCGGCUGCCUCUGGGUCAGGUCAUGAUCCAGGGUCCUGGGAUCGAGUCCCACACCGGGCUCCAGUCCCGAAGCCUGCCUCUCUUCCAGUGCCUCUCAGGAAUAAAUAAAUACAAUCUAAAAAAAUAAAAAAGAUUUCUCAUGGUGCCUUAUAAAUAAUACUUGGAUUUUUGAGUUUAGGAAGAUGGCCUGAGGAGAAUGUGGAUCUUGAAACUGGCGGGAAAUCUCAGGCGGGAAAUCUUUUAAGGUGAUCAUGGAAAAAGACUGGCCGCGUCCUGAGGCAAGGCCCCGGCGCGAGAACAGAGGGUGCGGCUUGACCCCCGGUGCCUUCUCCUCAGUCGCGUCCCUUCGCCUGGUACAAAAGCCUGAAUCAUCUGUGCUGAGCGACCCCUGAGUGUGUGUUGAAGAGAAACAGGAGACGUCUCGGGGCGCACGUUUCCUCUCUUCUUG